AUGGAGGCAACCAACAAAGAAAAAUUUUGGUGGGUUAAAGGAACUUAUCCGUCUAUUAACGGCGAAAGACUUCCUUUUGUCCUUGCAAGAGAUGUAUCGUUCAAGGAGUUUGCCAAAAAAACUGAAGAUGCCAAGGCGGGAAGAUUUUGGGACUAUGAUAAGGGCAUUGUGACGAUUAUUGAGUUGCCAUAUGGUGACCAUGAAGGUGCAAUAAGUGAAUUCAAUCGACAAAUUUGUGAUCAAUUUAGAAAUGUAGCAUCUCAGGAUAACAUUAGGGGUUGGGGAGCGAAAACAACAGGAGAGUAUAAAGAACCCGAUGCCUGUUUUGUGCCUCGACGUCUGCUAAAUCUGCAAAAUCCGGUGCCUAAUCCAUGCGAUUAUGGUAGAAACCCAUGGCCAACUAUUAUCCUCGAGGUUGUUUCCUUUGAAACGUUUGAACACGUAAAGGACAAGAUCAACAACUUUUGGCUAGGUCCAAACCGUUGCGAGGAUGUGAUUGUUAUUAGAUUGGGCAAUUGGAAUAAUAGGCGCCGCAAUCAAAGUGGACAACCUUUGCGUCGUUUGCGAGUUCAAUAUUGUUCCUGUUUGAAAUUCUGUCGACGUACAACUCUUCAGCUAAACCAAAACGCUACGACAUUUGAUCCAAUUCAAGAGAUUGAGUUUGGGACUGUUGACGCAAACGGAAAGGCUAGUAAUUUUUGCCCGGCCCCUCAAACGAAAUGGCUUACAAUUGACCGUGAUUGUAUUUAUGAGGGAUGUGCUCCUCCUCUCCCUCCUCUUCAGGUUCUUUCGCAAACUUCUGCGCCUGGAAUUGCAAUCGAUCUAUACGAAAUACAACAGGCGAUUUUCGAUGCUAUGGGUAAAAAUUGA